AUGGGUUGCGCAAGUUCUCAACCAGUGGAUCCGACGGAUAAGAUUGCAGCUAGACACACAGCUGCGAUCGACAAGAUGAUCCGUAUGGACAAGAAGGUUCAGGAUCGAACGGUGAAGAUUCUUUUGCUUGGUGCUGGAGAGUCUGGAAAAUCAACAAUAAUUAAACAAAUGCGAAUUAUCCAUGCGGGUGGCUUCCCCGAAGACGAACGAUACCAAAACCGCGCGGUCAUCUACUCCAACAUGGUUGUUGCAUUCAAGAUUCUCCUCGAUAUUAUGCAGACGGAAAAUAUUGAAUUUGAGUUUGAAAAGACAAAGCCACUAGCCAAGCUAUUAGACCAGACAGAGCCGGACGUGGACACAAACGAAGCUUUUAGUGAUCUCGCCGUCAAAGAUGCAAUGAGUGGAAUGUGGCUAGAUAGGGGCGUACAGAAAGCUGUUUUACGAGGACACGAAUUUGCACUUCAUGAUAAUCUUCAGUACUAUUUCAAAUCUCUCAACCGCGUCUUUACCCCUGGGUGGUUACCCAACAAUCAAGACAUGCUUCAUUCCCGACUUCGUACCACAGGCAUCACAGAAACCUUAUUUGAAUUGGGACAAAUAAAUUUCCGAAUGAUGGACGUUGGCGGGCAACGAUCGGAGCGUAAGAAGUGGAUUCAUUGUUUCGAGGGGGUGCAGUGUCUUCUAUUUAUGGUUGCUCUGUCAGGUUAUGAUCAAUGCCUUGUUGAGGAUCAAAAUGCAAAUCAAAUGCAUGAAGCCAUGAUGCUAUUCGAAUCUCUGGUAAACGGGGAGUGGUUCAAACGGAAACCGGUGAUUCUAUUUCUCAAUAAAAUCGACCUCUUCAAGGAUAAGGUCUCUAUAUCCCCAGUGUCUAAAUUCUUCCCGGAUUACCAUGGCGCAGACGGCGAUUAUGAUGCGGCUGCUAAGUAUUUCUCUGACCGAUUUCGCGGCAUCACCCGCGUCCCUGAACGGGAGAUCUACAUCCACUACACAAAUGCUACUGAUACCACCCUAUUAAAGGCCACGAUGGAUUCAGUGCAGGACAUGAUUAUCCAGAAGAACCUCAACAACCUGAUUCUGUAG